AUGGCAGCUACUAACUAUGUUGUUACUGUUCAACGUCCAACAGUAGUCACUACUGUUACAACUGGCCAUUUUACAAGUGCAACCGAUUUAAAUUUAUUAGUAGCGAAAAAUACACAUUUUGAAAUUUAUCUAAUAUCGUCCGAAGGUUUAAAACUAGUCAAAGAUGUUUGUAUAUAUGGUCGUAUUACAAUAAUGAAAUGUUUUCGUCAACCGCAUUCAAAUAAAGAUGUUCUAUUCAUAUAUACAGAAAAACAUCAUGGUAUGAUAUUAGAUUGUAAAAAAACUGACAAUGAUCAAUACGAUAUAUUAACAAAAUGUCAUGGCUAUUUAAAAGAUGCUGGACGACAAUCAACACGAGCCACAUUAUGUGCAAUAGAUGGAAAACAUGGAAUUAUUGUUUUACGAAUAGUUGAAGGAGUUUUGAAGUUAAUUUAUCUUAAAGAUUCGACUAAAGAAUCAUCAAGAACAUUAGAAGCUCAUAAUGUCAAAGUUGAAGAACAAAAUAUAAUUGAUUUACAAUUUUUACCCGGACAUCAAAAACCAAUAUUUGUCUUAAUACAUUCACGUUCUCCUGAGUCUGAAAAUCAACAAAAUAGUGAAUCUUAUCUAAAAACAUAUCAAGUUGAAAUAAAAGAAAAAGAUAUAACAAAAACACAGUGGAAACAAGAAAUAACCAUAUCAGAGCCAGCAAUUUUGAUACCUGUUGGAGUCGAUAGUUGUAUUGUCAUUGGACGAAAUUCUAUUGUAUUAUACAAGGAAAAUGAUCGCCCAUUAGAACUUGAAUCAGCAUUAUUACAUGAUGAAAUUACGGGCAUUAUUGGUUAUUGUCCAAUAGAUGAAAAUGGUUGUCGAUAUUUGUUGACAGAUUGGUGUGGAAAGUUAUAUUUACUUGUUUUGGAACGUGAUAAACGAAAUGGAAGUACAAUGGUUGCAGAUAUGAAAUUAGAUUUGCUCGGUGAAACGUCAAUUGCAGAAAAUAUAACAUAUUUGGAUAAUGGUGUUGCAUUUAUUGGCUCACGAUUUGGUGAUAGUCAAUUAAUUCGAUUAUUGCCGGAGCCUCGAAAUGGUAUUCAUUUAGAAAUUUUGGAAUCUUAUACAAAUUUAGGACCGAUAGUCGAUAUGUGUGUUGUUGAUCUUGAAAGACAAGGCCGUCAAUUGGUCACAUGUUCUGGUUAUGCAAAAGAUUCAUCAUUGCGUGUAAUACGAACAGGAAUUGGCAUACAUGAACAUGCGUCAAUUGAUCUUAGAAAUAUAAAAGGUAUUUGGUCAUUAAAAAUUGCUAGUCGAUGGGAUAAUUAUUUAAUCGUCUCCUUUUUCGAACAAACAAGAAUGUUUUAUUUACAAAAUGAUGAAAUUGAAGAAGUUGAAUUAUCUGGAUUUGAUUUUCAACAUCAAACACUAUUAUGUUCAAAUGUUAUCUCUGAUCAAAUACUUCAAAUAACAACACAUUCGAUACGUUUAAUUGGAAAUAAUGGAAAAGAUUUAGUCGUUGAAUGGAAAAAUCCAAAUACAAAUGAUGAAAUAACUGUUGCCACAUGUAAUUCUACACAAUGUUUGUGUGCCAAUGGAAAUAAAUUAUAUUAUUAUGAAAUUGGAUGUGCCAGUUUUAGUGAAGUGAAUCAAUGUACACUGCCUUAUAAUGUUUCUUGUAUGGAUAUAACACCAAUAAAUUACAAUGAAGAACGAUCAAAUUUAUGUGUUAUUGGUUUAUGGACACACAUUUCUGUUUGGACAUUACGUUUACCUACGCUGCAAGUUCAACAUAAAGAACCACUAACAAAUGAUACACUCCCUCGUACUGUUGUUAUGGUGUCAUUUGAUUCUAUACCAUACGUUGUUGUUUCUCUAGCUGAUGGACCUAUUAUUUAUUAUCUACUCGAUGUAGAACAAGGUCUAUUGUAUGAACGAAAAAAAGUAUCACUUGGUACAAAACCCACUACAUUAACACUUUGUCGAAAUGAAACAUCACCAAAUGAUUCAUCACAUUCAACACAACGAACAGUUUUAUUUGCUUGUAGUGAUCGUCCAUCUGUUAUUUAUUCAUCAAAUCAAAAACUUGUUUUUUCAUGCGUCAAUUUACGUGAAGUAACGUCUAUGUGUUCAUUUAAUUCAGAAUUAUAUGGUCCAACUUUAACAUUAGUAACAGAAAAUGGAGUAGUUAUCGGAAAAAUUGAUGAUAUGCAAAAAUUACAUGUACGAACAAUCAAUUUAGGAGAACCUGCAAAACGUAUAGCUUAUUAUGAAGAAGAAAAAGCAUAUGUUAUAUUAACACAAUCAUCAGAAUUAUUUCAAUCAGCUCGAAUAAUACCAAUAAGUCGACAUGCACAGAAUUCAGUUGAUUGUCCGACAAAAAUCAAAACUAUCGAAGAAAAAACACAACAGCCGUGCGAUCAACAAGAUCAUGUCGUUAUUCUUGAUCAACAUACACUUGAAGCACGUGUUUCUAUAAAAUUGUUGAGUCAUGAAGAAGCAUGCAGUGUAUGUGUAUUGAAUUUUGUUGAUGAUAUGAAUGUAGCGUAUAUUGUUGUUGGUACGGCAUUAGUUUACGAAGAUGAACCAGAACCAAAAAUAGGUCGUCUAUUAGUAUUUCGUUAUAAUGAUGGUAAAAUUAAUUUUGUUAGUGAAAAAGAUGUUAAUGCUACACCACAUACAAUGGCAAAAUUUAGCGGAAAACUUAUUGUUGGCAUUGGAAAUUCGAUCAGAUUAUACAACUUUUCACCAGACAAGCAAGAAUUAGUAUUAACCACUCAAUAUUUGGGACAUGUUGAAACAUUACAAAUAAAAAUAAAAGAUGAUUUUGUACUUUUUUGUGAUCUAAUGAAAUCACUUACUGUUCUACGUUAUAAUCUGGUCGAAAAUAAAUUUGAAGAGAUUGCUCACGACGUUCAUCCACAAUGGACUAUGGCUUGUGAAGUGAUCGAUGAUGAUACGUUUGUUUGUUCAGAAGAUGCUUCAAAUUUGAUAUCGUGUCAUAAAGACAGUGGUUCAACAAAAGAAUCAGAAAGAAAACAAUUAAAAGAACUUGGAUUUUUUCAUCUUGGAGAAAGUAUCAAUGUAUUUCGACCUGGCUGUUUAGUUGCUCAACAAACAGCUGAAUAUAGUAUUUCGUUGCAAUCAUGUAUAUUAAUGGCAGGAAUAUCUGGCUACAUUGGAUUGUUGUUACAAUUGACACCUCAAUUAUAUCAAAUAUUAAUGUCUUUACAAUUACAAUUAGCGAAACUUCCCAGUGUAGGAAAAAUUGAUCAUGGUACUUGGCGUGCUUUUGAAGCAGAAAUACGUUCAGAUGCUUCAUGUGGUUUUGUUGAUGGUGAUUUAAUUGAACUUUAUCUUGAUUUACCAAAAGAUAUGAAACAAGAAUUAAUUCGAGAUUUAAGAGGUGAAAAUAAUGUAGAAUUACAUACGACAGUCGAAGAACUUGUCAAAAUUAUUGAAGAACUUUCGAGAAUACAUUGA